CAGGGGUGGGGUGAAGCGUGGGUCCUGCCUUUCCCUUGCCCGCUUCCUCCCUACCCGCUUCCGCUUCACGGGCAUGACUCCGUUUUCAGUGACCCCAGAAAGCGGCCCAUCCCUGAAGACUGUGGGCGCGGCGCCAGGGUCUGUCAUGGGGUGAGGGUGGCACUUGUCACCCAUCACUCGGUGUUCUCAAGUCAGUGUGACCCCCCAGUGCUGAGGAGCAUGUGUGUGAGGACAUGGGGGUGGAGAGCACCCACUUGCGCUCUGAGGACACUGAAAAUGUUCAGCCAGAUACUCCAGAGCCUUUCCUUCCCCACGUCCAGCCUCCUCCCCCAGGAGGCACGUCGCAGGUCUCCAUUCCCUUAGGCGGUCUUUAACAGUCUACCAGUGUCCAAGUGCAAAGGAGAGACAGCAUCCAGAUUGGGAAAAUCCCCCCCCCCCACCAAUGCCUGAAAAACAACCACACUUGUAAACUUUGAACUCUUCCCCUUGGGAAUAUUUUGUGAUGGCAAAAGAGUGGUGCUGCUUCCCCAGUCAGAAGAUGAAAAGAGUCGAAGGGACUCUGAGUCACCUGCACCCACGGAGAAAAGAACAGAUUAUUUCUGAACAGCCACGCAGAUAUCAAGGUUCUGGCCUAGAGUGAGGUCAUAAAAACAGAAGGGCCGACAAGGGGCUCUCCUCUUGGUUUUGUCUCCCUUUAAGAAUGUUUCCUGUUACAUGUAUAUAAUCUCCAGGGAGUAAGAAGGUUCCAGAGGUUCCUCAGUUUCUGCAUUUGAUUCUGUGAGUUCCUUCACCAGCCCCCCGGGAGCAGUGGGAGGGACAGAGGAGAGGACUUGAGUGUCUGGAAAGGUCGGCUGUCCUCACCCUCUAGAGUGACGGGAGACGGGCCUUGGUCCAGCUGCUUUGGUGACCUCUGUAGCUGUGCAGGUGGAAGUUCAGAAAAAAGUGUCUCUUUUUAACCUGCAGAUGGACAUAAGUGGGUUAAUUCCUGGUCUCGUGUCUACAUUCAUGCUUCUGUCUCAUAGUGACCACGGAGGACGAAAAUUCCCUUUGAUCUUGUCUUCUUUUGGUGCUCUUGCAAACAGUGCUUGGCUCUGUUUGCUUUCCUAUUUUGCCUUUCCAAUCCAGCUUUUGAUUGCAUCUACCUUUUUGGGUGCACUUUGUGGCAAUUACACCACACUUCUGGGAGCCUCUUUUGCCUACAUAGUUGAUCAAUGUAAAGAAAAGAAACAAAGAACAAUUCGAAUAGCUAUAAUUGACUUCCUGCUUGGAAUUGUCACUGGAUUAACAGGAUUGUCUUCUGGCUAUUUUAUUAGAGAACUAGGUUUUGUGUGGUCGUUUUCAAUUGCUACUACGGCUCUUACUGUUAACUUGAUUUAUAUUUUAUUCUUUCUUGAGGAUUCAGUGAAAGAGCCUUCAUCUCAGAAUGUUUCUGUAUCAUGGACUGAAGGCUUUAAAAACUUAUUUUACCGAACUUACAUGCUUUUUAAAAAUAAUUCUGGUGAGCAACGAUCUUUGCUCUGCUUGUUGCUUUUUACAAUGAUCACUUAUUUUUUCGUGACAAUUGGCAUUUCCCCCAUUUUUAUCCUUUAUGAAUUGGAUUCACCGCUCUGCUGGGAUGAAGUUUUAAUAGGUUAUGGAUCAGCUUUGGGUAGUGUCUCUUUUUUCAGCAGUUUCCUAGGAAUAUGGCUUUUUUCUUACUGUAUGGACGAUAUUCACAUGGCCUUCAUUGGAAUCUUUACCACCAUGGUGGGAAUGGCUAUGACUGCUUUUGCCAGAACAACAUUGAUGAUGUUUUUAGUCAGGCUGCCAUUCCUUUUCACUGUUGUGCCACUCUCUGUUCUACGGUCCAUGAUAUCAAAAGUGGUUCGUUCUACUGAACAAGGCACCAUGUUCGCUUGUCUCGCUUUCUUAGAAACACUUGGCGGAAUCACUGCAGUUUCUACUUUCAACGGAAUUUAUUCAGCCACCGUUGCUUGGUACAAAGGCUUCGUCUUUCUGCUCUCCGCUGUUUUAUUACUAAUUCCAGCCAUCAGUCUAUGUGCUGUCAAGUGCAUCAGCAGGAAUGCGGGAAGCUAUGUCCUUCUUAUACAAGAAGAAUCCAGCGAAGACACUUCAGACAGAUGAUUAAUUGUGAUUAAAAAAAAAUCCAAAUGCUCAUAUCAUAUACUCUUGACUUCUGAAGGAUGUAACUAGCUCCACAAUCAGUACUUCAUGAAUAAUCAAUGCUGCAAGUCCUUUCUUCUAAACAGUCAGAGAAACAGUUGCUGCUCUAGCUUCUUACAGCAUCAUGCACUUCGAGCACUUUAUGAAGAUCAUGUGACAUAUUUCCAGUAGGUAAAAGAACAAAUCUCAAGACACCUCCCACUUUGGGAUUUACAAAAGAAACUGAAACUUAUCGGUAUAAAAUGGGACUAAGAACUCUGAUACAAUCCAAAGCAACCAUCUCCCUGAUAUACUCCAGUCUCUCACAUUAAGACCAGGAAGAACUCUUUGUUUGCCUCAGUUUCUUCAUCUGCAAAAUGAGUUUUUGACCCCUCUCAAAGAUUUUGAAGGCAUAACUGUUGAAAAUUAUGAGUCAGUCGCUUAUAGGAAAAUGAUAGAAGUUUCAAGUAUUCAUAAUAUAAUUUUCUUCUACUUGGGUAAUGCUUUGUUUUAUAGAGCCCAUCAAGGUGUUAGUGAUAGUCAAAGCUCUCAGUAGCUGCAGUAUCCUUCAAAGGGAAGCACUUUAAUGAAUACGUUUUCACUUUUCCUAAUAUGUCUCAUCAGUGACAGGCAUGAUAAUAUUUCCGUAAGUAACACAGGGGUGACUGAAAAAAAGAUUACAAAUAGUUCCUAAAGAAAUGUAAAAACUGAGUAAACAGGCAAUCAUGAUGUAAAGUAACUAGUAUUUAUAGAGUCAAUAUUCAUUCCUUCUUUCUGUCAAAGGGUAUCCAUCUCUUACUGCCUUAUACUCAUCCUGGGACCACCAUGGUCCCUGAAAACACCGCACCCUCUCCUGCCUCCUGUCUGCACACAGGGUUCCAUUGGGCCUUCUUCCCUCCCUACGUUGAAGCUUUUAAGUUUCAGCCAAGGCAUAGCUUCCGCUUCCUCCGUGUCCCUUCCGGACAUUUCUACCCUCACCUCCCGCCCACCUCCACCCCCCACCCCUGUCCCUGCAGGGCUCCCACAGCUCUCUGGGUACUGCCAUCCAAGCAUUUUCCCUUGUCUUGUAAUGUUUGUUCCCCUACUUGACAAUGAGCACCUUGAGGACAGGGACAAUCUUUGAUUCCUCAUUAUAUCCACAAUAAAAUUUGAACUAAA